CGAGGUCUUACGUGGAGACCGGAUCGUGAAUACACUGUAUAAUGUAAAGAUGAACGAGGAAAAAAAAUGUGAGCUGAUGUGUGGCAAGAAGACGCUGAAAGUGGAGGAGAGCAAACUGGUGGCUGAACGCAUCCAGGAGGAGUAUUACGUUCAUCUGAUCGCAGACAACCUUCCAGUGGCCUCCAGGUUGGAGUCUUACCCCAGCAGAGAAGCUGGAGGGGAUGAGGAGCAGAAGAAGGUCGCAGACAGAGAUGUUCUGUUUGAGCAUGGCUACAGACUGGGCUUCGUCGACAACAACAAGUUUUAUCUGCACAACCACCUGUCCUUCAUCCUGUACUUCCACAGGGAGAAAAUGGAGGAGGGAGAGACCCACAACUACAGAGUGGUGCGGUUUGAGGUGAUACCUCAGAGUGUCAAAGUGGAAGAUCUGAAGGCUGCUGAAACGAGUAAAACUUGCACUUUGCCCGAAGCCAGUGUCUCCGCCCCUCAGGAGAUCGACCCAAGCAGAGAUAAUGAGGUUCUCUUCACCUAUUCCGUCACCUGGAAGGUCAGCAGCAGGAAGCGCUUCCCGAUCACACAUCAGUUUCACCCUUCAAUACGGUUAGAAAAGGCUCCUUCAGGCAUUCUGAGCAUGAUCAUCAUCAGGACGCUGCGGAAGGACAUCGCUAACUACAACAGAGAGGACGACAUUGAGGACACCAUGGAGGAGUCGGGGUGGAAGAACGUCCACGGCGAUGUCUUCAGACCGCCUCAGUAUCCCAUGAUCCUCAGCUCCCUGCUGGGCUCAGGCAUCCAGCUCUUCUGCAUGAUCCUCAUCGUCAUCUUUGUUGCCAUGUUGGGCAUGUUGUCUCCAUCCAGCAGAGGAGCCCUGAUGACCACUUCCUGUUUCCUCUUCAUGUUUAUGGGUGUAUUUGGGGGUUAUUUUGCUGGCAGACUCUACCGCACUCUGAAGGGCCAUCGCUGGAGGAAAGGAGCUUUUUGUACGGCGACUUUAUAUCCUGGGGUGGUGUUUGCAAUCUGCUUCGUCCUGAACUGCUUCAUCUGGGGGGAGCACUCCUCUGGAGCGGUCCCCUUCACCACUAUGCUGGCCCUGCUGUGCAUGUGGUUCGGCAUCUCCAUGCCGCUGGUCUACCUGGGCUACUACUUCGGCUUCCGGAAGCAGCCUUACGAUAACCCCGUACGCACCAAUCAGAUUCCCCGACAGGUGCCAGAGCAGCGCUGGUACAUGAACAAGUUUGUAGGGAUCCUGAUGGCGGGGAUUUUACCGUUUGGCGCCAUGUUCAUCGAGCUCUUCUUCAUCUUCAGUGCCAUCUGGGAGAAUCAGUUUUAUUACCUCUUUGGCUUCCUGUUCCUGGUGUUCAUCAUCCUGGUGGUGUCCUGCUCUCAGAUCAGCAUCGUGAUGGUUUAUUUCCAGCUGUGCGCAGAGGACUAUCGGUGGUGGUGGAGAACCUUCCUGGUGUCGGGAGGCUCCGCUUUCUACGUCCUCAUUUACGCCAUUUUCUACUUCGUCAACAAGCUGGAUAUCGUGGAGUUCAUCCCCUCCCUGUUGUACUUCGGUUACACCACCCUGAUGGUGCUGUCCUUCUGGCUCCUAACGGGAACCAUCGGUUUUUACGCGGCCUACAUGUUCAUCAGGAAGAUCUACGCUGCCGUGAAGAUCGACUGAAUCCUGCGCUGACCCUCUCCUCCCACUUCUGUUUUUUUUCUCACACCUUUUUUUUUUUAAUGUUUUUAAUAUUUUUGUUGUUUUUGGUCCAACAAGCGCUGACUGACAGAGCAGGGGUUGAUCUUCAUGAUGCAACAGCCCCAUCUGCUGGCCACAUGGUGGAAUAACAAAGAGACAGCAGAGUCAGGCCUGUUGUUUGCGUCCCUCCCCCCCCUCCCCUCCCUGUGUGUGAGGACAGAGGACGUCCUCCUCUGCUGGGACAGCCGCCUCCUCCUGCACAGAAACACAUCGGGCCAAAGCUUGUUAGAAGAUUUUCUUUCCUGUCUUGAAGUUUUCAUUUUUUUCCACCUUCAGAUCGACGCGGGACUCCGUUUUUCUGCUGAUUUUCUCCUGAGAUGCGUUUUUUGCUGUGAUUUGGUCACAGGGACGGUGUCUUGCUCUUUUCACUGAUUGUGUUGUGGGGGGUGGGGGGGGUGUUGGUUUCCACCCAGAGACUUUGUGGGUCAUGGUUGUGGUUUUUGUGUAACUGGUGGGGGCUGUUUAACAUUGUACUACAGGAGAAGGUUCCAUUAAAUAUAUCUAUUACUUUUUUACUUUGGUUCUGUGUCCAGUUGGAACCGGUAUAACCCACAGCGAUGACGCUCAUCUCCGCAGACCGCUCCGCUUCUUCUAAAUGUGGGACACCAGCUCCCGGUUGGCCUGAAAUGAAGCAAACUGUUUGGACGGAAUGGGGAGCAAUCAUUGGCCGAGCAGCCGGGACGAGCGACUGCAUCCAAACAGAACCUCCAGCAGUGUAGCCUUAGCAGCGCAGCGCCUGCAGAACUAUGCAGUAAUGGAAAACAUUCAAAGCUAAUAUUAAAGGACUCAAAGAAAUCGCAGUAAAUCUUAAAAGUUUUUGCACCUUUUUUAUUUUUAUCUGUGCUGUAUUUCUGGACGUUCCUCCAGUUGUUCUUUUAGCCAUUUUCACACAUCGAUGCUGAGCCUUUUAAGCACAUCAAACGAUGUCGAAAUCUGACCAUGUUUCCCAGAUCAGGCUUCAAUCCUCUGGCAGCAGAUUUACACGCCAUCAAGAUGGUGGUAGGUAUGAGAAAAACCGGCUCCCAGCAUCGUUUCAGCUGAGCUGCAGUAACCCCAGGCUCCUAAAACACAUCGGCAGUCCGAGUCGCUUCGUCGUCUCGGAUCUGUUUGCUUUCCCCCUCUGAUGAAAUGACUUUAGGAGUUAAGGACCCCUAAGAUGACCUGAAGGAUUUUAUAGACGUUUGCAUCUUUGCUAAGAGGAGAAAGUCGACUGAAGUCGUGGUUUCACCCAGAAGUUCUAAAAACGUAAUUGUUGUUCCCUUCCUGAGGCUUUCUGUGGGACAAACUCUGCCUUUCUGCACCUCACUAUUUCCUGAAUUUGGCGUAAAAGGAAAAGUUCCAGCCUUUAAACCAGAGUGGUUCCU